CUGAGUAAAUACUGUUAUUUCAGUUGCCAUGGUUACAGUUCUGCGUCCAAAAUGGCGUCCUUACUUGGAGAGCAUCUAUUUCAAAUUAGUGGUCAGGGUCCACCUCCUGCUAAAGAUUUCUUCCAACUGCUUAUCACCAGAAAUGAGGUAAUAUGGAACUCAUGGAAGAUUUCAGUGCGACUUGACAGCCGGGGUGCUGCACCCAAAGAGCUGAAGACAUCCCAUCAAGAGUUUCUGCAUCAGAAAAUGUUAAAGCAACAAGUUGGUGCUGUUUUUGGGCAGAGGAUCCUGGAAUACACAAUUUCACUUUGUCAAGGAAAGUUUGACUACCUGGAGCGAUUACCUGAUGACAUUUUGCUCCAAAUCCUGAACUACCUAGAGCUAAAAGAUACAACACUGGUGGCACAGGUUUCACAGAGAUUCAGAAAGCUCUGCAACUCUGAGAAGUUUUGGGAAGAGACUGUGAGGAGACGCUGUGCUGAGUUCACCAGUGACAUGGAGGGCAUAGCAAACGCCAUGGGCUGGAGGAAGCUGUUUUUUACCUUUUUCCUCACCAGUGGCACUAAGGAGCAGCAGUGAAGCAACUGAAUAGUUUUGUUAUUAUUGUUUUUGUCCUGAAAGAAAACAGCAAUACAUCAUUUUGUACUUUGUAAAAUAUCAGCCAGUGUUUUCAGUUAGGUUUAAUGAGUGUUUACAUUUUAAAUUUACCAUAGGGAUUUGUGAUCAACAAAGAUAUGUAUAUUCCAAUAGUUGAAAAGUGCCAAACAUUCUUUAAAAAUAAUCAGUAUUUUUAUGUCUUGUGAAACAGUUACCACCAGUAUUCAGUGGAUAGAUCAUCUAUCAAAUAGAGUUGUAGAGUUUAUUUGUGUAAUAUUACAAGUAAAUUAAAGAAGCACAUCUAUGUGUAAUACAGCUGUGCCAUUAUUUUUCCUUAAUGAGAAAACAUGAUCUAUAAAAAUGAUUGAUUACCUAUGCAACUGGAGUCCUGCUGACAUCAUAUCAAGGUCAAUGGUCAAUUUCAACACAUACUUCCUGUUUACAUUUGCCAGAUAACUGUUCUUGCACCCUCUGCCUAACACCCUGGGCACUCAAUGCUGUCUCUGCUUGCAGCCAGCCUGGGUUUGCAUAAGGUAUCUGUGCUCUGUUCAC